AUGGCUUUUGUCCACCAACUGAAGGUCAAUGUGGAAGACCCGUACCCACACACUCACUUCAUAUAAGAGUACAGUUACCUACAGCCUGAGGACCCCCUGACUGACAUCACCUUAAAGAUAGCAGGCAGGAUCCAUGCCAAAAGAGCUUCUGGGAGAAAGCUCAUCUUCUAUGAUCUUCAAGGAGAGGGAGUCAAAUUGCAAGUCACGGCCAAUUCCAAGAACUAUAAAUCAGAAGACUUUAUUCAUAUCAAUAACAACUGUACCGGAGACACUCACUGGAGUUCGGGGAAAACCAAGAAGGGCGAGCUGAGGAUCAUUCCCUUGCUUCCCUGUCUGCGUAUUCUGCCUGAUCUUCACUUCCUCAAAGACAAAGAAACCCAAUAUUGUCAAAGAUACCUAGACUUGAUCCUGAAUAAUUUUGUGAGGCAGAAACUUACCAUCUGCUCCAAGAUCAUCACAUAUAUAAGAAGUUUCUUGGAUGAAUUGGGAUUCUUAGAGAUUGAAACUCCCAUGAUGAAUGUCACCCCAGGGGGAGCAGUGGCCACGCCUUUCAUCACCUACCACAACAAGUUUGACAUGAAUUUAUAUAUGAGAAUUGCUCCAGAGCUCUACCAUAAGAUGCUGGUGGUUGGUGGUCUAGACUGGGUUUAUGAAAUCAGACGUCAGUUCCAGAACGAAGGAAUUGAUUUGACUCAAGACCCCAAGUUCACCACUUGUGAAUGCUACAUGGCCUAUGCAGACUAUCACAAUCUCAUGGAAAUCACGGAGAUAAUGGUUUCAGGAAUAGUGAAGCACAUUACAGGUGGUUACAAGGUCACCUACCACCCAGAGGGCCAAGCCUAUGAGGUUGACUUCACUCCACCCUUUGGAAUGGAUCAGCUUGUGGAUGAGAGAACCCUAGGGGUACAGCUGCUAGAAAGGAACCACUCUGAAAGGAAGACACAUUGCAAAAUCCUUGAUGAUAUCUGCAGAGCUAAAGCUGUUGAGUGCCCUCCACCUCUGACCACAACCAGGCUUCUGGUUAAGCUUGUUGGCAAUUUCCUGGAAGUGACUUGCAUCAAUUCCACUUUCAUAUGUAACCACCCCCAGAUAAUGAACCCUUUGGCCAAGUAGCACUGCUCUAAAGGGCCUCUGACUGAGGGCUUUGAGCUCUUUGCCAUGAAGAAGGAAAUAUGUAAUGCCUACACGUGGCAGCUUUUUAAAGAACAGGCCAUGGCCCAGGCCACUGGUGAUGAUAAGGCAAUAUUCAUAGAUGAGAACUUUUGUACCACUCUGGAAUACAGGCUGCCCGCAAGAGCCGGCUGGGGCAUGGGCAUCAACCAUGUCACCAUGUUCUUCAUGGACUCCAGUAACAUCAAAGCCAUGAAACCCAAAGACAAAAAGGAGAAUGUUCUGCGCAAGGUGUCCGCGCUCUGCACGGCUCUCCUCCCCAGCGGACGGCCCUCGGUCUCCAAUGCUAUCUCCUUCGCUCCGCGGAGCCCGGGCCACGUCGGCGCCGGACCUCCCCUCCUGAACCCAAGCGGCAAGCGGAUGCCCCCAGCUCGGCCGGGGCGGCGAGAGCCUAGCAUUGACCUGCUGGAGGCCUUUGUGGAGCACUGGAAAGGCAUCACUCACUAUUACAUUGAAAGUACAGAUGAAAACACUCCAGUCAAGAAAACAGACAUUCCCUGGCGGCUGAAACAGAUGCUGGACAUCCUGGUGUAUGAGGAGAAGCAGCAAGCUGCUGCUGGCGAGGCUGGGCCCUGCCUGGAGUACCUGCUGCAGCACAAGAUCCUUGAGACCCUGUGCACGCUGGGCAAGGCUGAGUACCCACCAGGCAUGCGGCAGCAGGUGUUCCAGUUCUUCAGCAAAGUUCUGGCCCAAGUGCAACACCCCCUCCUGCAUUACCUCAACGUUCACAGGCCUGUGCAGAAACUUCUCCGACUUGGGACAGUCCCAGGAUCUCUCACAGAAAAGGAGGAGGUACAGUUCACCACGGUCCUCUGCUCCAAGAUCCAGCAGGAUCCAGACCUGCUUACCUACAUUCUAGAAGGUAAAAAGAUUAUAGGUAAGAAGAAGACAUCCAGAGAAUCCAUCACCCUGCCUAAAGCAGCAGCCAGUCACAGGGAUGCUUCUGACAGGAACCCCAAACUUGAUGGGGAGCCUGGUGAGGCCCAGGCCUCAAACAUCCAGCUGCCUGCUGAGACUGAGAAGCCAGACGGUGGGAUUGGAGAGAGCAACCUGAUCACCUCCCUGAUUGGGCUGUGCAAGAGCAAGAAAAGCCGCGUGGCCCUGAAGGCCCAGGAGAACCUGCUGCUCCUGGUAAGCGUGGCUUCCCAAGCAGCUGCCACCUACCUGGUACAGAGCAGCCCCUGUUGCCUUGCGAUCACCGAGCACCUUUGCCAGCUGUACCAGUCCAUGCCCACCUUCCUUGAUCCCGCAGACAUUGCCACUUUAGAGGGCAUCAGCUGGAGGUUACCCAGUGCCCCAUCUGAUGAGGCUUCCUUCCCUGGCAAAGAGGCUUUGGCUGCAUUCCUGGGCUGGUUUGAUUACUGCGACCACCUCAUCAUGGAGGCACACACGGUUGUUGGGGAUGCCUUGGCAAAGGCUGUGGCUGAGAAGCUAUUUGUGGAAACUCUGCAGCUCCAGCUUCUGCACGUAUGUGAGCAGAGCGUACUGACCUCCACUGCCCUGCUGACGGCCUUGCUGCGCCAGCUGCGUUCCCCUGCCCUGCUUCGGGAGGCCAUGACAGUUCUCCUGGGCACAGAGCGGCAGCCUGAGGCCCCUGAGGAUGGCCCCCGCACACUGUGUGCCCAGCUCAUUGGGCACUGUGACCACCUCUCUGAUGAGAUUAGCAUCGCUACACUGCGGCUCUUUGAGGAGCUGCUCCAGAAACCUCAAGAGCGGAUCAUCCGCAGUUUGGUCCUGCGCAACCUCGAGGGCCGCCCCUACGUGGCACGGGGCACACCAGAGCCUGAGAACUAUGAGGACACCCUGGAUCUGGAGGAAGACCCUUAUUUCACAGAUGGCUUCCUCGAUUCUGGCUUUCAACCUUCCUCAAAGCCUCCCCCAGCUCCUACCACCAAUUCAGAGGGCAAAACGGCAGUGACUGAGAUCGUCAACAGUUUCCUCUGCCUGGUUCCUGAGGAAGCCAAGACAUCAGCUUUCCUGGAGGAGACUGGAUAUGACACCUAUGUCCAUGAUGCGUAUGGCCUGUUCCAGGAGUGCAGUUCCCGAGUUGCUCCCUGGGGCUGGCCCCUGGGCCCCACACCCCUGGACCCUCACGAGCCUGAAAGGCCUUUCUUUGAGGGUCAUUUCCUCCAAGUGCUCUUUGAUCGGAUGUCCCGAAUUUUGGAUCAGCCAUACAGCCUGAACCUGCAAGUGACCUCAGUCCUGUCCCGGCUUGCCCUCUUCCCCCACCCCCAUAUCCAUGAAUACCUCCUGGAUCCCUACAUCACUCUGGCCCCUGGCUGUAGGAGCCUCUUCUCUGUGCUCGUCAGGGUGAUUGGAGACUUGAUGCAGAGGAUUCAGAGGGUACCCCAGUUUCCAGGCAAACUGCUCCUGGUGCGAAAGCAGCUAAUGGGACAGGUCCCUGGGGAACAGCUGGACCAUCAGACCCUCCUUCAAGGUGUGGUGGUACUUGAGGAAUUCUGCAAGGAACUGGCUGCCAUUGCUUUUGUCAAGUUUCCCCCACAUGGUCCUCACUUGAGCUUCUCCCCACCCCCAUAA